CAUAUAUCGGAAAUUGCUUAAGUGGAAUUUGCCAAAAUGGCCUAUUUAGGCACUUGUUCCCCUGUGCACCAAUAAGAACGAAACCACUAUGUUCAACAAUCCAACAAUGGCUUCUACAAGUCUGAAUAUGAGUUUUCUUGGAGAUUUCAACAACAACUGGAGUUUCAAGCCUUGUAGAAGACCAAGACAUUGCAUUUCCCAAAGAGUGAAAUGUCUACCGAGGGAACUACUACUUCUGGAAAAAACAAGGACAGGCACGACACAUUGCUCGGGAAAAAACAAGUAUACAAGCUCUAUAGGAUAUAAUGGAGUUCCCUUGACAGAAAAUUCUUGUGAUCCAAGUGCUGCUGCCAGUCAAAAUGAUCUUCCUCCACUUGUUAGUGCUUUAAAAGCGUCAGCCGAAGAAAAUGCUGCAAGUUUUCAUUUUCCUGGCCAUAACAGAGGGCAAGCAGCACCAUCAUCGUUGACUCAUCUCAUUGGUUCAAAACCGUUUCUUCAUGAUUUGCCUGAACUUCCGGCGCUUGACAAUCUCUUUUCGCCAGAAGGUCCCAUUUUAGAAGCACAAAAACAAGCAGCAGCACUUUUUGGAGCAUCGGAAACAUGGUUCCUUGUUGGUGGUAGUACAUGUGGAAUACAGGCAGCCAUUAUGGCGACUUGUUCACCUGGAGAUACUCUUAUUAUCCCGCGGAAUUCUCAUAUCUCAGCCAUAUCUUCCAUGGUAUUGUCUGGUGCACUCCCAAAGUACAUCGUCCCUGAAUAUGAUUUCAAGUGGGAUGUUGCUGGUGGCAUCACUCCAUCACAGGUGAAUGACGCAAUCAAAGAGCUAGAAAUGGAGGGUCGAAAAGCAGCUGCUCUUUUGGUUGUCUCCCCUACCUAUCAUGGCAUAUGCAGCAACUUGGAUGAGAUUUGCCAUAUUUGUCAUUCUUACAAUAUCCCUGUAAUUGUCGAUGAGGCUCAUGGGGCUCAUUUAGGAUUUCAUCCGGAUCUGCCUAGCUCAUCCCUCAGCCAGGGAGCUGAUCUUGCUGUACAGUCUACUCACAAAGUUUUGUGUGCGCUCACGCAAUCAUCAAUGCUGCAUAUGCAAGGAGAUCUUGUAGAUAGAGAAAGAAUCAGUAGAAGCCUACAAAUGCUUCAAAGUAGUAGCCCUAGUUAUUUGCUUUUAGCAUCACUGGAUGCCGCCAGGGCCCAACUAAGUGAAAAUAAAGAGGCUAUCUUUGACAAAGCAAUCGACUUGGCUCUGGAAGCAAGAAGCUUAAUUAGUAAAAUUCCUGGAAUCUCAGUUCUCGAUUUCCCAAGUUUUUCUACUUUUUUUCAUAUUGACCCAUUGCGAUUCACUGUUGGUGUAUGGCAGUUAGGUCUUUCAGGUUUUGAAGCAGAUGAUAGAUUGUGCAAAGAUUUUGGUGUUGUUUGUGAACUUGUUGGGACCAAAUCUUUUACUUUGGCAUUUAACUUAGGGACUCAAAGGGAUCAUGUUCUUAGGCUUGUAGCUGGUCUAAAGCAUCUAUCAGAAACUUUUCACUUUUAUCAACCUGUGAAAGAUGAAGGCGAAAAUGUAAAUCGUUUUGUAUGCCUUGAUGAUGUUAGAAUGAGCAUGAGCCCUAGAGAGGCCUUCUUUGCUACAAAACGUAAAGUCAACGUAAGAGACAGCCUCGGUGAAAUUUGUGGAGAGCUUGUUUGUCCUUAUCCACCCGGUAUUCCAGUUCUAAUUCCUGGCGAGAUCAUCACAAAAGAAGCACUGAAUUAUCUCCUGGAAAUCAGAAGCAAGGGUGCUAUUAUUACUGGAGCAGCUGAUUGCUCGCUAUCAUCAGUUGUUGUAUGUGUUACGUAAGCAUUCUUCAGGCACCUUCAGUAAGAAGACCGGCAGAAGUAGUUGAAGGACAAAUGUGAGUUACUUUGGUGUUAGAUCAUAUCUUAGCUUUUCCAUACUGCAAGCAGUGCUUUUGGGUAUAUUUUGAGCUCGAAGGAACGUCUUUCCGAGCUUUCGAUGGGCAUUGUCUUGAGCCUAUCAAAGGAACACCUCAAUGAGACUAUUAUAUUGGACAUGCGUACUCUAGGUUUCUUUUUCAUGAAAACAAAGAUAUUAUGUUAUGUAUGAGAUGUUGCUCGGACUCUGUAAAAAUUUUGUCGCACCCGUGUCUGAUCCCCCAUGCACUACUUUUGAAGGAUCCAACACACACCCAUCGACAUUUUUGAGGAGUCCAAGCAACAUAGUGUUUGACACAGUAGUCUCUAUUAGUGCUCGUCUCAACUUUGACAUUCUUCUUUUUCCCAUUUUUCUAUAAUGGAGUUGUUUUCUGCUCUUGAAAGCU